UGUUUAAAACCCACAGUUGUUUCCUUCUCCGGUCAGGGAAUCCUCGGUACCGUAGCGGCGGUGACAACAGUUCUGUUGUAAUGUCAGCAUCUGGUCUCUGUCAGUUUUUCUUCAGCCGUUCAGGAUUUUGGACUUUUAUCUUCGUCGUGGUUUUGGUCUGGACGCCUGUUAAAGGUGGCCUCCAUCUGAUUGGUUCGUCUCAGCCAAUCGUAGCUGCUCCUGGAGAUGACGUCGUCCUCCCGUGUCGGGUGGAUCCCGAGUGGGACGCCGUGGGGAAGACGGUGGAGUGGUCCCGACCGGACCUGAGGCCGUCCGGCCCUCAGAAGCGUGUGGAGUACGUGUUCGUGUACCGCUUCAAGAAGACGGACCGAGACAUGAUGAUGGACACGUACAUCCAGAGGACGUCUCUGUCCCAGGACGGCCUGAGGCGAGGAGACGUGUCUCUGACCAUCAGGAACGUCAGCCUGCAGGACCACGGCAGGUUCCGAUGUUUCAUCCCACGCCUCAGGAUAGAAGCAGAACUUCUGCUUGUUGUUGAUCCAAACUUUGUUUCAACAACGACAACGGAGUCGGUUCAUCCCAGAAACCUCAUCAUUCCGACGCCACAGGAGGAAACCGUGACGAACGGUCGUCGGUCCAGGAUGUUUCUUGUUUUGCCCAUUAUUCUCUUCAUCAUUUCUCUGAGUUUACUUUUCAUCUUCAGCUUGAAAAAAAUCUCCAAAACCACAAAAUUUCAACAGAACCCCCUGAGAGCCUCUGCCUUGCAGUUUUGUUGCCUUGCUCAAGAGCAGACCUGUGUUGAUGUGGAGAAAAACUCCAUCCAGUCUCUCAUUGUGACUCCUGAUCAACUGCAGCGUCAUGGAAACUGUGGAGGUUGAGUCGAUCAGUCUGAGGCGUAUCGAUGAAACCAGGUUCUCCAUAAAGCAGCUCUCAGAUUCUGCAGGAAUCCUACAAACUUUCAGAUAAACAUGAGAAAAUGUUCUGGAUUGAUCCAACAAGGAGAAGCUCGUCUGUUGGCUGAACUGUGUCUGUGCAGAGCAGCUCUGGGAUUCUGCAGAACCUCUUCAACCAUAUCCUGAGCCAAGAAAAGGCUCAACUGUUCUGGAAGACAUCCUGUCUGGUUCCAGUUCCAAAGAAAACUCACCCAUCAGUCAUCAACCACCACAGACCUGCUGCCCUGACAUCCCACAGCAUGGAGGUUCUGGAGAGACUCCUGUUGGCCCACCUGAGUAAGCAGACAAGCUCAUAUCAUGACCCUGUGCAGUUUGCUUAUCGCCAUGGAAAUGGAGGUUGCCAUCAUACACCUGCUUCAACAAACUUUGUGUCAUCCAGACAAAGUGAGGAUCAUGUUCUCUGAUUUCUCCAGUCCAUUUAAGACGAUUCAGUCUGAGCUGCUCUGUGAGAAACUCCAGAAGACACAAGUGGAUCACCUGGAUCUACCUGACAGACAGACAGACCACCGUUUGUGAGACUAAAGGACUUUGUGUCUAACCAGGUGGUCAGCAACAUAUUAGCACCACAGGGCUCUGUGCUCUCACCAUUCCUUUUCACUCUGUACACUUCAGACUUCCAGCACAAGUCCAACAUCUACAGAAAUACUCAGAUGAUUCUGAGUUGUUGGGUGAAUCAGAGAUGAUCAUGCAAAGAAGAAUUCUUGAUAAAAUCAAGAAAAUGAUGGACAAUCCUGACCAUCCUCUUCAUGAAACUGUCUUGGGAAGGUAGAGUAUCUUCAGUCAGAGGCUUCUUUAGAUUCAGUGCCGUACAGACUGCUACAGAAGAUCUUUCCUGCCUUCACCAUCUACAAUAAUUGAAGAAUUAACGAGCUACAACAUUUAACUUUCCUUUGGGAUUGAUAAAGUAUUUUUGAAUCUCAAUUUUUUAGGAUUUUAACUUAUUGUACUUCUGUUUAACAUCACCAUGUAUGAUCUGGUAUCAUCUUUCAUUUUAAUGUUUUUCAUUUAUUUUGGACUCUGCUGUUUAAACACAUGUUGCAUCUUUUAAACAUGAAGCUCAAACAUUUGUUAAAGAUCUGUAGACCAGAUCAAGCUGUGAAACGUUAGGAAAUAUUUUAAAUGUAUGUGUGGAAAAAAAAGUGAUAUAGAACUAUUUUUCAUUAAUGCAGUAACACUGUAUUUGCACUUAUUUUGUAAUCUGUGUCUUAAUGUUACACUAAACAGUAAAUCAAAUCCUCAAUGUGAAAAGAUAAAAGUCUGAGUUGUUUUCCUUGUAGUUGACCUGCUGUGGUUACAUGAUGGACUGAAAUUUAUUUCCCAGUCACUUCCUGGAGGAGUUUUAGAGAAAUGCUGUUAAACUUUGGAGAUUUUAAUCCUGCUGGAUUAUAGGGAUUUUUUAAGCUGUAAUUUAUUUUGCUACUUAGACACUUAAAGCUAAAUUGGGACUAAAUGAUUCUCAGUUUUGGCUGAUGAAAACCUUAUCAAGUUAAUAAAUUAAACAUAAAGCCGUAAAUGUUUCUGACUUGAAUAUUUAUUUUUUCUAUAUUUUGUAAUAAAGUGAACUCUGAAGUA